AUGGCUAAACAAAAUUUUCGCAGCAUUCUGGCGCAGGCUGGCACAGCACCUACGCACUCAAGCCGAGAUCAAUCGGGAAACUCACCCCUCACUGCGACCACGAGAAGGGCACAAAAUGGCCGACGCACAGCGGGCACAGCAUGCAAACACUCCCGUCCGCCCCAAAAAGCCCGACAGCGAUCCCACUUAACAGCUCGGAGCAACAAAUCUCCUUCUGGGCAAGGGAGCAUACCGGACCAAAAUCCGAACCACCGUCCACACACCCAAAGGAGCAUCAGGAGAGUGAGGCUCCGGAGGGCCCACGGUCCCCCCAUGUGUGGGAGAGGGACCCGAGGACACAGGGAAGUGCUCUCCACUACAACCCGGGCUGGAGGAUCCGAGCAUGCCCAGCCCCACCAUAA